ACCUAGGGACACCUUCGCAGCCUGGACGCGGAUGGAACGGCGGCGGCGGAGCCAGAGAGCAUGCGCGUCCAACCCGAGCAUGCUCAGUAGCUCGCGCGGCUCCCCGGAGCUGCGGCGCCGACCGGCGAGCGACGCGGAGGUCUCGGCGGCAGCCGAGGGAGCGACAGGAAGUGAAGCGGCCCCGCCGGGCGACCGCGGCGGUAGAACCGGAGGCGGCGGAAGGGGCUCUGCGGCGACGACGUCGUCGACCGGGGGGGAGGCCGAAGGAGCUGAGCGCCGAGGGGACACGCCCGCUCCGAAGCCGGACCCCGAGGCGGGCAGGAUGGAUCACCACCAGCUGGGGACUGGCCGCUACCAGGUGCUUCACAACGAAGACGAUAAUUCAGAAUCAUCUGCUGUAGAGCAACCAUCAACUUCUAACUCCACAGCACCGACCGCGGAAGCUGCUGCUUCAGCCCCAGCCCUGGAAACCGACUCUUCACCUCCACCAUACAGUAGCAUUACCGUGGAAGUACCGACCACUUCAGAUGCUGAAGUUUACAGUGAGUUUUACCCCGUGCCACCUCCGUACAGCGUUGCUACCUCUCUUCCUACAUACGAUGAAGCUGAAAAGGCUAAAGCUGCUGCCAUGGCAGCUGCAGCAGCGGAAGCACCUCAAAGAAACCAGGAGGAAGAGUGUACACCAAGAGAUGACUUCAGUGAUGUAGACCAGCUUAGAGUAGGCAACGAUGGCAUUUUCAUGCUGGCGUUUUUCAUGGCAUUCAUUUUCAACUGGCUUGGAUUCUGCUUAUCCUUCUGUAUCACCAACACCAUAGCUGGAAGGUAUGGUGCUAUCUGUGGAUUUGGCCUUUCUCUGAUCAAAUGGAUCCUUAUUGUUAGGUUUUCCGACUAUUUUACUGGCUAUUUCAAUGGACAGUAUUGGCUUUGGUGGAUAUUUCUUGUACUUGGCCUUCUCCUUUUCUUCAGAGGGUUUGUUAAUUACCUAAAAGUCAGAAACAUGUCUGAAAGUAUGGCAGCUGCGCAUAGAACAAGGUACUUCUUCUUACUAUAGAGACUGCAUCAAGCCAACAUUCCUUCCUUGUACCAAUGUGAAAUGUCCACGCCAUCUGUAAACCACAGCUUCGCUAGGGUAGAAGACUACUGAGCCGGAGACUAGGAGAUCUGGGGCUUCCAAGUUAAAUGACAGCGUGGUUUAUGCUUAAAAGCCAUUUCUGCUCAUUCUUUAGUUGUCUGUACUUCAUUUAUUUUGCACAUUUGCAUAUGUGCCUAUUUAAAAGAUACGCAUAUACUGGAAAGAAUCCGCAAAGUUGUUGCAGCAAAGUCCAGUCACACUUGGUUAAUCAGUGUUUGAUAAAAUUGGAAGAGUUGAGUGGUAAACACUUCCAGCAUGUAAAUGCUUCUGACUUGACCGUUAGUGUAAUAAAAAUUACAUUAUUAAUCUUGUCAAAUGCUUUAGUUUCUGGCUUAGAUUCAUCUGAUAAUUCCAAACAUGAAAUAUUCUUUGCUAUAGAUGAUGUUUAUUAAAACUUGCAGUGUGAUUAUUAGAAAAGAUUUGUCAGAUUUUUGAGUGUAAUAUUAUUUAGGAAAACUGUAAAUAACCAUACAUAAGUUGCUUUUUGCAUUCUUUUCUUAGAAUUAUGUCUAGGUUUCUUUUCAUUAAUUUUAAAUUAAGUAAACUAAAUAUAUAGAAAUAAACUUUCUUAAAGGUUUCUAAAGAUAGAUGAACGCUAAGAAGAUGUGAGUAUACCAAAUGCCCUUUAAAGAAAAAGAAGCUAAGAGGCAAUACUAGUUUUAGAGAUUUUCAAACAAGAGGCUUAGAUUUGAGGAUUACUCACCUUAGCAAUUCUUACAAGAAGAGAUUGAAUUAGAUCUUAUAUUUAUUUACAUCUAAGACAGUUUUAAAAAUUGAUUUAUCAAAUAUAUUCUCAUUUGCAUUUGUCUUUUAAAAAGCCAGUAAAAGUAUCUUUCAAUAUUAUUGUAAUCAUUUUUCUUUAAAUGCUUAAUUUGUUAAACUUAGCAAAUAAAAUCUUGUUCUGUUAA